AUGUCCUCCUUCGACGCCGUCCUCCUCAAUCCCCUCGCCGUCCCCCUCAAUGGCGCUAAUGGCACUAACGGCAAUGGCACUCUCGCUCCCAAAAAGCGCAAGCGUGGUGCUACACGUCUCUCCUGCGCCGAAUGCCGGCGGUGGGCACUCAUCGAUCGGCGCUGUCUGAUCCCAUGUGGGUCCUGCAUCAAGAGAGGAUGCUCUCAGAUAUGCCCCGAUGGCUCCCUGACAACUGGCAAGGGCAACCGAUUCGUUCUUGCGUCUACGCAAGAGUUACACGAGAAGAUCGCAGCACUGUCCAGCAGGAUACGGGAUCUCGAGGAUGGCCUACGCUCUUCUCAUUCUAACACUUCUACUGACCCUCAUCCGUUACUAUCGGAGGAGCUUUUGCUCAUCAAGGCCCCCAUACAACGUGAAGGGCUUGCACACUUUGCAAAUACGAACGGCAACAGUCAUGACGAGGCAAACGAUGUCGUUGACUCGUUUGGUUCAUUAGCUAUCAGUGAUUCCGGCCGAACCAGCUACUUCGGGCAUGCAACGAGCUCUUGGUACUAUCUUACGAACGAGAGCACUCGAGAAGAGGAUCGUGAUCAGCGAGUAGCAAACCUUCGGCAGCUUCUGCCGCCCGAAGUCUUGGCACUGAGCGGAGUCUUCCCCGUUGCUCCACAUAUCCCUCCAACGUUGGAGACUGAGAUGGACCGACUCCAACGCCUUCAAAUUCUAUUGUGCUACUUGCCUCCGGAGGCAGAAGCAGCAGAGUUACGCCAUGUAUACUUCCAACAUGCUGCUUGGAUGUAUCAUCCGUUGUCCGCUGCCUCAUUUGACGAAUCGGCGUACAGCGUCUUCUACGGUCACACGCCUCCGCCCUUGGACGACGCAGUUGUUGGGCAUCAGCUUGCGCUGAUGUACAUUGUUCUUGCUAUCGGGAGUCUGAUGGACCUAACUCGGCCCGCCUACAAUAUGGAAGCGGAAAAGUACCACCAGCUUGCCCGAGCCGCCCUGUUUCAGAGCCCCAUCUUCGAAGAGCCGACUUUGAGUGCUGUGCAGGCGCUGUAUCUGAUGGCCUUCUACCUCUUCCUUUGCGAACGCCACGGCACUGGCGUUGGAACACGAUGGGCAUUCAUGGGACUCGCGGUCAAGUUGAGCGUCAGCAUGGGAUUACAUCGCGAUGCCGGUCGUUGGAAUGUGGCGCACGUGGAGAUCCAACGGCGGCGCGAGAUAUUCUGGGAAGUUUACUCGUAUGAUCUCUUGCAGUCGUUCACUCUGGGUCGCCCACCAUCAUUCACUCUGGCUCAUGUUGACUGCAAGAAGCCUCAUUUGGAGGACCCCAACGGCGAGGAAACCUUCCAUUGGUGGAAGCACAAGUUCACAUCAGAAUGCAUGAACUCGGUAUACGAUCAGGCAUUUGGUGCAAAGAUGCCCACGUACAGUACGGUCCUCCAGCUCGACAGGAAGUUACGCGCAUUUCCCGUUCCCCCGCUGUUGCAAAUUGCUGGCUUCGGCAGCACAGAUGCGCGUGUCGGAAAUUUCGCUGACAGUGUCCCGCUCAUCCUGCAGCGGCACGUCGUGCUUGCGAUUCGUGAAACAAAUCUGUUAUACAUGCACCGCGGGUUCUUCGCGCGGGCAAUCAACGAUCAUCCGCAAGAUCCUCUCGGCAGCCCGUACGGCAGCUCGUUUAUUGCGGCGUAUCGCAGCGCCGGAUCGCUUGUCGCUCUCGUUCGCAACAUUCAUUCGCAAUUGAAAGAGCUGACAGAGCGCAUGUGGUUCUUAUGGACACAUUUGUUCUCAUGUUCGAUCAUCUUGGGAUCGAUCGUGACGCAUUGUCCAUCCAUGAGCUUGGCACCAUCGGCGCUUUCGCAGCUCGAGUCGGCGUGUGAGCUAUUUGCGAAGGUGGCUAGGUGCUUCCACGCAGAGAAGGUGCUGGAAAUCAUGCAGGGAUUGCGUGAUAAAGCGCGCAUGAGUCUGUCUGCAUUCCGCAAUUCGCCUCCUCAUGUCAAGACCUCCAUGUCCGAGCCGACGACACCCGCUGACGCCCAGGACGAACUUAACAUUCUCGGCGGGCGCACACGCCUAGUUGCAUCGAAGGAGAAGUCACUCUCGCCGCAGAUUCCUGACCGUUCGCCGACAUCACUCAACCCAAUCGUGCCGUUACCUGCGGACUGGCAGCAACAGAACGUUCACCCCUCAGUGCUGCAAUAUCUGCAGACAUUUGUGCCGUCGGCUUCUCAAGUACAAAACGUGCAGUACGAUCCUUCACACGUGCAGGUGCAACAAGUGGGCAUGCACCCCGCAGCCACGCAGCAUCAUCCGCACUCUCACUCGCAGUCUUUCAACCACUCGCCAACCAAUUCGCAGUCGUACGAUCCGCACUCACAGAUGCACGAACUCUCCCCAAUUAGCACAUCCUUCGUGCAGUCACCCGACGCGUAUUCCAUGCAUGCGCAUGCACAUGCUCAGGCUCAGGCUCAGGCGCAAGCUCAGGCUCAGGCCCAUGCUCAGGCAUCGGGAAUGUUGCAAAUGGAAGGGAUGUCGAUGCCAUCGUUCCCAUCGUACUUCCCUGUUUUCGAUUACGGGAUGGGGGGUGACAUGACGGCAUUUGUGUCGUCACCGUCUGGAUCGCAGGAUGGGAAUGAUCCACGGUCAUACUCUCCUGAGGGACAUCCGCAAGCUACGUGGCAAGACCUUGUCGCGCAAAUGGGUGGGAUGGCUUGA